CAGCUCACAACCAAGGAAGUCCAUCACCUUUACCCAAACCAAAACAAGCACGGGGAAAGGAUAUCCUGGUGCAACUCAAAGCAGAAUGGGCAUGUCAAGAACUACUGUUUCCGUGCCGGGGAUGAAGCCGGCAGAAAAACUGAGCAUUCUGGGCAUGAAGACAGUACAGGUGUUUGAUGCAAGAGGAGUUGAUGUUACUCCCCGACCUCUCUACCGUCCAGAUCCACAUACUGGAGCAGCAAAACCAAGUAAACUCUUGACGUCACAAGAAGGAUCACUUGGAUCAGAAUUUAUUUCUUCCUAUAGCCUGUAUCAGAAUACAGUCAACCCUAGUAUGCUAGGGCAGUUUACAAGGUCAAUCAUGGGGAACAGCACACAGUCGAAGUCCAGUGUGUCCACAACUGAAUCAAUAACAGAGGACCUAGAAGAACCAGCUUACAAGAAGGAAAGGCUGGCUAGUUUUGCAGAUGUGCGAGUUCUGAGGACCACACCUGAAACAGCUCUAACAAAGGAAGAGCUGGAGAAGGACAUACAGAUCAUUCUUACAGAGACAGAAAUGCUGAGAUUUUUUGAUCUGCCAACAGUCACGUUCGCAGUAGACUCCGAAGAAGCUGAGAAAAUAGUAGAGAAAAAUGUGAAUUAUGAAGUCCUUUGUAGAAAUAGAUUAGGCAAUGACUUAUAUGUGGAAAGAAUGAUGCAAACAUUUAAUGGAGCACCAAAGAAUAAAGAGGUUCAGUGUGAAAAAAUUGUAAUGGAAGAAAAAGGCAUAAUGGCCACUGCCUGGGAUUUGUACGAUUCUUUCAAUGAUCCCAGAAUUCUAUCAGCAAAACCAUCUACAGUUGGAAGUAAAGGAAGUUUACUUGCUAAAGACCAGGACCAAAAUCUAGACGAUAGUGAAACUAGUUCCCUAAUGGAUAUAGAAACUGUAAUUCUGGCUAAAGUUCGCGAAGAUGAAGAAGAUCAUUCAGAGGCAAUACUAAAAUCUGAGAAGCUUCAGCAAGACUUAUUUUUCAUGGAAAGGGUUUUGAUGGAAAAUGUAUUUCAGCCGAAGCUUGCAUCCUACCGUCAACUCCCUGUUUUAAAAGAACGUGAACCUGAAGAGCCUGAAGAAGUUUUGGAAGAAGAAGUACACGAAGAAGCAGAGGAGGAGAUUAAGAGGGAGGACGCAGAAGAAAUGGAAAUGGAACUAGAACUAGAGAUAACCACAGAGCAGUCAACAAUACCGGCCAAUUUGGAACGGCUCUGGUCUUUUACCUGUGACUUAACUAAAGGCCUUAAUGUGAGCAGCCUUGCCUGGAAUAAAGCAAAUCCAGACCUUUUGGCUGUUGGCUAUGGGAACUUUGGAUUCAAAGAGCAAAAAAGAGGAAUGGCUUGCUGCUGGUCAAUAAAGAACCCCAUGUGGCCAGAGCGCAUUUAUCACAGUCCAUAUGGAGUUACUUCUGUGGAUUUUUCGAUCGGCGCACCUAAUCUGCUAGCAGUUGGCUACCACAAUGGCACCAUUGCCAUUUAUAAUGUGCGGAGCAGCAAUAACACUCCAGUUCUGGACAGUAGUGAGUCACCUCUAAAACAUUUGGGACCUGUUUGGCAAGUGCAGUGGAUAGAGCAAGACAGAGGAAAUACGGGGGACGACAAAAGAGAAAUCUUGGUGUCUAUAUCAGCCGACGGAAGGGUCGCCAAGUGGAUUAUUCGCAAAGGACUGGAUUGUCAUGAUUUGAUGCGACUGAAGCGAACUACUGCUGCAAGCAACAAGAAGGGAGGGGAGAAGGAGAAGAAGGGCGAGGCCUUGAUAUCUCGACAGGCUCCUGGAAUGUGCUUUGCUUUCCACCCCAAGGACACGAAUAUCUAUCUGGCUGGCACAGAAGAAGGCCUGAUUCACAAAUGUUCCUGUUCAUACAAUGAGCAAUACCUGGAGACCUAUAGAGGACACAAGGGUCCAGUGUAUAAAGUUGUAUGGAACCCAUUUUGUCCUGAUGUCUUCUUGAGCUGCUCUGCAGAUUGGGGUGUCAUGAUUUGGCAUCAGGAGAAUGUCAAGCCGUUUCUGAGUUUUUACCCAACUACUUUUGUUGUUUAUGAUGUCGCCUGGUCUCCCAAAUCCUCCUAUAUUUUUGCUGCUGCAAAUGAGAGCAGAGUAGAGAUUUGGAACCUUCAGAUCAGCACUUUGGACCCUCUGAUUGUGAAUGUCGCUAACCCUGGAAUCAAGUUCACAACCAUUCUCUUUGCCAAAGAGACAGAUUGUCUUCUAGUGGGAGACAGCGAUGGGCAGGUUGCAGUCUAUGAACUGAGAAAUAUGCCCACUGCUACAGAUGGUGGCCGGGGAGAUGUAAUAAAUGCUCUGCUUGGACCCAAGACAAACUAACCAGGAUAAUUCAUCAUUCUUGUUACAGUUUGUUUUUGUUUAAGUAAAAGGGAAAAACAUUAUAUACUGUAAGCCAA